AUGAACAGGCUUUGGAACACGAGGCGCGUGGACGCCCUGCCGGGCCCCCCGACGUGGGUCCCCAUCCUGGGCCAGCUGCAGAGGACCCUGCAGAUGGGCGACUACCUGCCCCUCCGCCCGCUGCCCAUGUUCGAGAGUAACUUUGUGCAGGUGACGAGCCGAGGGGCCCCUGUGUACGUGCACCACAGAACCAACCGUCUGACCAUGGGCGUGGCCGCCUCGCUGCCUGGCCCGGUGCUGCCCGACCUCCUGCUCAUCGCCAGGCCCUCUGAGAGCCGGGACUGCUCCAACCUCAUCCUCACCAGGAUGAUCCCGCUGGACCUGGUUCGCCUCUACGUCCACAACCGGCCGGGCCGGUGCCUGAAGCUGCGCUUGCUCACAGGCCGCUACUACUACCUGGAGCUGAACGCCCCCGACAGGGAGAUGGCCUUUCUGUUUGACCACUGGAUCCGCCUCAUCAACCUGCUGCAGGAGCCCACCGCCUACUGGGCCCCCGGGACCCUGCACACACCCCUCUCCGACCUGGCCCACGCGGCCCCUCCUGCCUCCACCUGGCACCUCCAGAACCAGCCCCGCCGGAGACGCUCAGCCGUGGCCGCGCCCAAGCAGAAGCAGGCCAAGGCCAGCCGGCCCCAGUUCAAGUCCCAGGCAGUGGGCGACUCGGUGCCCCUCAUCUGGUCGCAGCUGGAGCCCCCCAGCGCCAGGAAGAAAGCCUCCGAGAAAAAGUCCCGCCCCGACCCCCGCGGUCAAGGCUCUCAGACCAAAACCGCCUUCUCUGUGAGGGGCCAGGUCCCCUCCGCCCCGGUGAAGCCCAGCGUCACCAUCAGGACCAUCUUCAGCAUCUUUCCAGAACUUUCAGCGCACAGCUGUCCUCGUCCCAAGGUAUGCUCACCUGCCGGGGCGAUGGUGCUUGGAGGGUUAGUUGAGGCCCCUUCACCUGGUGUCUCGAACAGCACUGACGUGUCCUUGCUGGUCUCCUACAAGCACGUGUAUAUGCGAGAGGCCCUGGGGGACCUGGCGGACCCCAACUCCAGCACCCUCUACCCACCCACCCCCUCUCCCAGCCUCUGCCUGACCUCCCGCGCCUCUGGCCCCAGUCUGGGCAUCCAGGCCUGGCCCCAGGACCCCGCGCACAGGCCACGGCCCCCGCCCUCCCCGAAGACCCCCUCCGCCCAGGCCGCCUCCCGGAAGGCUCCGGCCACCCGUGAGCACCCCCAGAAGGUCCCAGCGGAACUGGCUCCAUCUCGGGAGGCCCCGGCGGGACGUGCUGCCCCCAAGAAGACCCCGGCUCUAGCCUCUGCCCCCCGGAAAGCCCCACGGAAGACCCCCCGGUUUGCGGCCACUCCCCGGAAGGCCGCGGCUCGUCCUGUCCCCUGCCCGGAACCAGGGUCCCUGCCGUCCCCAUCGCCACAGGCGCUGACCCCGGGCACUUGCUACCAGAUGGCCUGCGACUCUGCCCACUUGGGCGUGGGGCCGGCGGGCAGCCGGGCGGGGGUGGCGCUGGAGAGCAGCCAGCCCGAAGGGAAGACGGAGCCCCUGGUGCUGGUGGGCACCCAGGAGACCCAGGUCACGGAGGUGUGGGCCCAGAAGAUGUCGCUGGAGCUGCCCGGCCACACGGCCCGGAGGGAGAUUGAGGAGGUGGUGGUGGGCAGGGCCCACGAGGUCGCCCUGGACGGCCUGAAGGGCAGGGCCCAGGUGGAGGACAGGCUCCGCAGCUCCAAGGAGGAGAGGCUGGUGGACCUGCCCGGCCUCCGGUCCCAGGCGACGGGGCAGCGGAGGAAGUGGGUGAAGACGCAGCAGCUGGCGGUGGAGGGGGCCCCGGGGGCGCCCGGGAGGCCCUUCUCCGUGGAGGACCUCACCCUCGCCAGGAUGACGAUCCUGGCCAAGGCCAAGGAGCCGCCCUUGAGACCGAGGCUGUUCGGGCUGCCGUCCUGGCUUUGGUUUUCCCAGGCGUUGGCCCGGUCAACCAGGGGCCCAAAGCCCCUCAGCCCCCGACAGGCGGCCCCCGAGCGGCCCCGGUUGGGGCCCUGGGUGAAGGGGGGCGUGGGCCUGUUGGUGGAGGAGACAUUGAGCACGCAGGCGGCGGCGGCAGAGCAGGAGAAACUGCCCUCGGCCCAGAGGGGCUCCUUCAAGGUGCGCCCCCGCUGCCCGAGCGUCCCCGGAAGCCCCAAGCUGGACAGAGUGUCCCAGGCCCCCAUCCCUCUGCCCGCGACGAGGUGGGAGGACGUGCCAUCCCCGGCUGUGCCGUCGCCCAUCUCAAAGAUGGAGGCCAGGGUGUCCCAAAAGCUCCACAGAGAAGCUGCGGAGGUGGAAGGGGGACCGUCCCUGGAGAGCCUGGUGCCCACGCUCCUGGAACUUGAGAAGGGGAGGAACUCGGCCAGCGCGAUGGAGCAGACAAAGGCGAGACGGCCUGUCUUCACGCGGUGGCCCAGUGUGCUUACUGAGCGCGCACUGCCCUCUCUCCAGCAAGCAUGGAGCUCAGCGCUUUCAGUAGCCGGAUCCGGGAUCGCACUCAGUCGCUACAAGGUCCGGAGGGAUCCAAUGUGGCCAGGCCCCCGGCGCCGUGGGCGCUACGAGAAGACCGAUGCUGGCCAGGCCGGGCGGGGGGCGCCUCGGCUCCAGUAGAGAACAGAGCUCUCUGUACAUUUAUAUAUUGGGGGGCGGGCCGGGGAGGACCCCCGGGGCGGCCCAGCUUCGCAGAGAUUAAAAGCCCGAGUCGGAGACGCGGCAAACGUGGAGCCUCGAGCUUG